AUGAACUCGAGCAGUUUUUCCUUGAACUUGUUGGAUUUGGCUCCCUGGUUCAAAAGUUCAAGCAGAUCACCAAGGUUGGAGUCUGUAGGGAAACACGGUUCUGGAAUUGGACCAGCAAUAACCUCGGUAACCUCUCCGUCCUGGCCGUUCGAAAUCACGGCCACAAGAGAAAUAUUGGGCUCGACAGAAUGCUGGAUGUUGAUCAGAAAUUCGCACAGUGAUAAACAUCCAUCAGGUUCCUGGAACGACAGAGCCUGUCUAGCAUUGACGGAGCCCGAGCCCGAGUACAACGAAGAAACCGACGGAGAGUGGUUGAUUCUUGGGGAUGUGAGCGACGUUCCUGGAGGCUUUGAGUCCGGACGGCCCUUGAGGAUCUCAGGCGGCUCUUGUAACGAGGCACUACCCAUCUUGGAGGUGAGACUGUUCACCUUCUGGUCCUUGGUGACCCGUGUGGUGCCUGCAGUGGCGUCAGACAGCAUCGAAGGGGCUCUGUAUGGGCCGUCGAAGUUGGCCAUCGACUUGGAGUUGGCAAUGUCUGCCAAGUUGGACAUUGACGGCGGAUCGAUAGGCAAUCCAUUGGCAUUUGCCUCGUGA